CCAGGAAGUGUGCGCGCAGCCUCUGCCCUGCUCUCCCCAGGGGCAGUGCCGCCUCCUCCGUGCCGCACCCCCGCACACACACACACACACCCGCCCCUCUCCUGUGGCCAGCUGAGGGUGCAGAGAGGGCUCGCUCAGGACACGGCGGCCAGGCGGGGUGAAGCGAGAGGAGAAAGACUAGGAGACGAAAAGGAGGGGGUGGCGGGGCUUUCGCCCUAGCGGCGCUCCCCGCCCCCCCAAGUGGGAGGAGGGCACCUAAUGGCGUCCUUGCAACAGAGGGGCUCGGGGGACGAAGGUUUCUCCGAGACCCUGGACGAACUGGAUUGGAACUUCACCUACGGGGGUCAGGGCGUGGGCAACGGCUCCCUCUCCAGCUUUUGGUACAAUAGAAACCAGGCUCACCUCUUUGGUGUAUUACUGGCAGUUACAGGAAACUUAAUCAUCAGCAUUUCGCUCAACAUACAGAAAUAUUCUCACCUGAAACUGGCACAUCAAGGAAGCCAAAAUCCCUACUUCAGAAGUAUCUUGUGGUGGUGUGGGAGCCUCCUGAUGGUAAUUGGGGAGACAGGGAACUGUGUAGGCUAUGGAUUGGCACCCGUUACUCUCAUCGCACCUUUAGGCUGCUUAUCUGUUGCAGGUAGUGCUAUUAUGUCUGUUACAUUCUUGAGAGGAAAUUUGAGAUCCUCAGACUUACUUGGUGUGACAUUGGCAUUUGCAGGAACGUAUUUAUUGGUGGCAUUUGCUCCAAACAUAACUCAGGAUAUCACAGCAAAAAAAGUGCGGUAUUACUUUGUUGGCUGGCAGUUCCUGGCCUAUGUGAUCUUAGAAAUAUUAAUAUUCUGCAUCCUGCUGUAUUUCUAUAAAAGAAAGGAUAUGAAGCAUAUUGUCAUUUUGUUGACACUUGUGGCACUUCUGGCCUCCAUGACUGUUAUUUCAGUGAAGGCAGUGUCAAGCAUGAUCAUUCUCUCCGUGAAGGGGGAAAUGCAGCUAACCUACCCUAUCUUCUAUAUCAUGUUCAUCAUCAUGAUAGCUUCUUGUAUAUUCCAGGUCAAGUUUCUGAACCAAGCCAUGAAGCUCUACGAUAUGACCACAGUUGUAUCAUUGAAUCAUAUCUUCUUCUCUACCAGUGCCAUAGUUGCAGGAAUCAUAUUUUAUCAGGAAUUCCAUGGGGCAACAUUGCUUGGUGCAUUAAUGUACCUCUUUGGGUGUUUUCUGUCCUUCUUUGGAGUGGUUUUGGUUACAAGAAAUCGAGAAAAGAAACAUUUGCAACAAUCAUACAUUGAUAUUGGAGAGAUUCCUGGGAAACAAAUGUUGGACAAAAUUCAGCCAGAGUCCAAUGGCCAAAGCUAUGGAACCUUGCCUGAUGAAAGCAACCCCAUGAAGAGCCCAGGCGGAGACAAGAAAGACAUCUGAAUGCCAAGAGGAACGUUUGUUGGCAUGCUAUUUAAUACCACCUUUAAGCAAGCUGCACAUGUCCCAUUUGUGGCAAAAGUUAUUUUAUGGUGAUAUUUGUUCACAUCGUCUCAGUGUUUCCUGCCCCCUCUCCUCUUGGGACCAUCACAUGCCUGCUCAGCUUUGAGUUACUAAUGCUUUCUGAAAACCGAAAAGUCCAGAAAUGUAAUCCACAAUUACUUUUGAGCUCUAGACCUCUGCCUAGUGAUCAUUUCUUUGUCCUUGUAAACUUUAAAUACAUCAUAGAUGAGUGUUUGGAUGUGUUUGGAUGUGUGUGGACACAUAUGCAGGUGCAUCAUAUUUCAGAUUCAAACCAAACAUAUGGUUGGAAGGAAUCAGUUUCCCUAUUUUAUAGUCACUUCUUACCUACUCUUGACAUACUCCUACAAAAGAGAGUCUUUAUACCAUUCCUUUUAUUUUUUUUUUAUGAGGGAGAAUUAUUUAAAGCAUACUAAUAAAGAACUAAUCCUUGGAGUCCUA